UCUCAAACUCUCAGGAAGGUAUAAAAUCACCGUUUCCUGUUGACCACUUUUAUUUUGCUCUCAAUGGGCACCAUGGAUUUGAUCAUUACUGUGACUCUUUUCUGUUCAGUGCUAAAAGCUGCAGUCGCCUUUAAUAUUGAAUCAGAUUCUUGGAAAACCCUGAAUCAUUCUGAUGAAAGUUUUGGAUACCAGGUGAUGCAAAGACAAUCAGACCUGCUUGUCAGCGCCCCACGUCUGCAGUAUGAAAAUGAUAAAACAGGACAGAUAUUUCAGUGCUCAACAGAUCGUUGCCACCCUCUGUUUACUGCAGAGCGAAGAGCUGCAGUCAACAUGUCCCUUGGUUUGGUGAUGACACUUGAUCCUUCAGCACAAAACACAAUGAUCUGUGGUUCAACCAUUCUUAGUGACUGCACAACUACCACCAGGUACAACGGCUUGUGCUUUGAGAUAGAUUCAAAUAAUGAGCUUGUGAAGUCUUACCUGCCUGCGACUGAAGAGUGUCGAACCCAAGCUGACAUUGCAUUUCUGCUGGAUGGCUCAGGGAGUGUAGCUGGUGUUGAUUUCAGGAGAAUGAAAGAAUUUGUGAAAAAUCUGAUCAGAACAUUGCUGGGAAGAGAUACACAGUUUGCCAUCACCCAGUUUUCCUUUUCUCCAACAACACAUUACUACUUUAAUACUUUUAGCACUUCCAACUGGGAAUCUCAACUUGACCAGAUCCGUCAAUCAGGUGGACGAACAUAUACAGCUAGAGCCAUCCAAAAUGUUGUAGAUGACGUCUUCUCACCACAAAGGGGUUCCAGGUCAAAUGUGAAAAGAAUUUUAAUAGUGAUUACAGAUGGAGCGUCUCAUGAUUACCAAAACUUACCAACAGUAACACAAUCAGCUGAUCGAGAAAACAUUAUUCGAUUUGUUAUUGGAGUGGGGAACGCAUUCACAAAUACAGGAGCAAAACAAGAGCUCAUAACGAUUGCAUCUCAACCUGCUGACAAUUUUGUGUUUGAAGUGGGAAGCUUUGAUGCUCUUGACAAAAUACGGGAGACCUUGCAGGCCAAAAUUGAUUCCUUUCAAGUGGGAAGCUUUGGUGCGCUUGACAGAAUAUGGGAGACCUUGCAGGCCAAAAUUAAUUCCAUUGAAGGUUAUUCCAUAGCUGUUGCUAAAACCAACAAUGGUCCACUGACGAUUCUUGGUGCUCCAAGAAAUCAGAACAAAGGAGUUGUUACGACAGUUUUCAAUGAACAACUGAGAGAUAAAAUCAGACCCUUUCAAUCACAGACUGGUGAAUAUUUUGGGGCGGAGGUUUGUGCCAUGGAUGUGGAUAAUGAUGGUGUGACUGAUCUAAUCCUCAUAUCCUCUCCAAUGUACAAAGACGUUGACAGAGAAGGACGAGUCUAUGUCUGUGAAUUAAGUGGUUUGAGUGUGGUUUGUUAUUUUGAUAAUCCAUCACAAAUAACCACACUAAGAGGUGAUGUGUCUGUCAGAGGGAGGUUUGGCUCGUCUCUUGCUGUUCUGCCUGAUAUUAAUGCAGACACAUUCAAUGAUUUGGCUGUUGGAGCUCCUUUGGAGAAUGAUGGCCAAGGCAGCAUCUACAUAUUCCAAGGAGAAGGAGGAAGAAAAAUAAAUCCUACUUAUUCACAGAGAAUUGCUGCAUCUGCCGUCCAAUCAGGCCUGAAGUUAUUUGGCAUCUCAAUCAGUCAGUCUUCCUACGAUCAGAGUGGUGAUGGACUUAGUGACUUAGCAGUGGGUUCAAAGGGAAAAGUUGUCAUACUCAGAUCCAGACCAGUUGUAACAGUGACUGCCACUGUGUCGUUCAACCCAAAUCUGAUCCCAACUCAAAACCCAGACUGUUCAAAACCACUGCCAGGCAAGGCUACUGUCUGCUUUACUAUGAGCAAACUGUCUAAUGUGAAUGAAGCUCAAGCACAGGUUAAUUUCACUUUAACGUUGGACGCAAAUCGUAAGAUACCAAACAACCGAGCUGAGAUCAGCAAGGAUGUGAGGCACAAGAGUGGAUCUCUUAAUCUUAAUUUAAAUAGGAAAGAAUGCAUUGAUAUGGACUUUUUUAUUAAGUCUUGUCCAGAAGAUGCUCUCAAUCCACUCAAUAAUGAGCUCAGAUUCACAUUUAAUGGUUUACCUUCUGGCUCAAACCCUAGACCAAGCCUUUCUCCACAGGUUAAAACCACAACAUUUCAUCCUCUUGGUUUUGAGACCAGAUGAGGAGCUGAUGAAGCGUGUGAAGAUAAUCUGAAGGCUGGAUUUUUCAUAAUCAAUGACAACAAUGUGAUGAGAGAAAAUGCAGGAGGAGAAGGCGGACCUGAAGGAGAAACACUCAGAGAAGGACAAAAUUCCCUCUUAUCUGUUAUCUCCAGCCAGUACAUUUUUAAUGAUCAAUGUUUCUAUGAAAUGUAACUGAUGGCCUUUUAAUUUAUUGAAUGGGCCAAACACAAUGUGUAUUUUCCAAAUCAUUACUUGUUAAUUGCCACCUUGAAAUGCAAACUAUCUGGUAAAAAUGUAGUUUCUCUUUCUAUGAGGAAAGUGUUGAUUAAAACUGCUGCUUUUUUGCUUGGCUUCUUUCAUCAUAAAUGUUUUUUAUAAUUUGUGAUUAUCCAAAUAAACAAAAUCUUUUAA